AUGCGGAUCACCGUGAGCCCGCAGCGCCCACACAGCACCUUCCCCUCACACCGCCCCGGCCCCGCUGCCACAAAGCGCUUCCGCAGCGUCGCAAAGCGAAGCCGCGCGUGCCUGUGGGGGCAGCGGCAGCAGUGCCCUUCCUUUGCCCUCACUGUCGGGGCGUUGGACCGGCAGACGCUUGUGGCUGUGCUGCAGUUCCUGCGGCGCAGCAACCUCCGCGAGUCCGAGGAGAUCCUACGUCGCGAAGCCCGCCUGCUCGGAGAUGACCUGGGUGCCGCCGCCCUCAGCCCCGCCAGCGCCGGGCUCCUGGGGGGCUCCGGCAGCGACGCGGACUCCGGCGAGGCGUUGCUCGGCCGGGGCACCGGCGCUGCCGCCGUCGCCGUAGCAGGCAACGUCGCCACUGUCGCGACUUCCAGCCCCGGGGUGGCUGCAGUUGCCGCCGUGCCGCCGGGGAAAGUCGGAGGCGCGGUGGUUGUGGAGGAUCAGCCGGACGUGAGCGCGGUGCUGUCGGCCUACAACCAGCAAGGGGACCCCACGCUGUACGAGGAGUACUACAGCGGCUUGAAACACUUCAUCGAGUGCUCCCUGGACUGUCAUCGGGCAGAACUGUCUCAGCUCUUUUAUCCUCUCUUCGUGCACAUGUACUUGGAAUUGGUCUACAAUCAACAUGAGAGUGAGGCAAAGUCUUUUUUUGAAAGAUUUCAUGGGGAUCAGGAGUGCUAUUACCAGGAUGACCUGCGUGUAUUGUCGAGUUUAACCAAAAAAGAACAUAUGAAAGGUAACGAGACCAUGCUGGAUUUCCGAACAAGCAAGUUUGUGCUGCGCAUUUCCCGUGACUCUUACCAGCUCCUGAAGAGGCAUCUUCAGGAAAAGCAGAACAAUCAGAUCUGGAACAUUGUUCAGGAGCAUCUUUACAUUGAUAUCUUUGAUGGAAUGCCUCGCAGUAAACAACAGAUAGAUGCUAUGGUUGGAAGCUUGGCUGGGGAGGCAAAACGAGAGGCUAAUAAAGCAAAGGUUUUCUUCGGCUUAUUGAAAGAACCAGAGUUUGAUGUGCCUUUGGAUGAUGAAGAUGAAGAAGGAGAAAAUGAGGAAGGAAAACCAAAGAAGAAAAAACCUAAAAAAGAUAAUGUAGGGUCAAAAAGUAAAAAACAGGACCCUAAUGCUCCUCCCCAAAACAGAAUUCCUCUGCCAGAACUGAAAGACUCUGACAAGCUGGAUAAAGUAAUGAAUAUGAAGGAAGCUGCGAGGCGAGUGCGUCUUGGACCAGAGUGCUUGCCCUCCAUCUGUUUCUACACAUUCCUUAAUGCUUACCAGGGUCUGACUGCAGUGGAUAUUACAGAUGACUCCAGCAUGAUUGUAGGAGGCUUUGCUGACUCUACUGUCAGAGUGUGGUCUGUGACUCCAAAAAAGCUACGUAGUGUGAAAACAGCUGCAGACCUCAGUCUCAUUGAUAAGGAAUCUGAUGAUGUCUUGGAGAGGAUCAUGGAUGAGAAAACAGCAAGUGAGUUGAAGAUUUUGUAUGGUCACAGUGGACCUGUCUAUGGCACCAGCUUCAGUCCUGAUAGGAACUAUCUGUUGUCCUGUUCUGAGGAUGGCACCGUGAGAUUGUGGAGUCUCCAAACAUUCACGUGUUUGGUGGGAUAUAAAGGACACAAUUAUCCAGUUUGGGAUACACAGUUCUCUCCUUAUGGUUAUUACUUUGUAUCUGGGGGACACGACAGAGUGGCUCGUCUGUGGGCAACAGAUCACUACCAGCCAUUACGGAUCUUUGCUGGCCAUCUUGCAGAUGUGACGUGUACCCGAUUUCAUCCAAACUCCAACUAUAUUGCUACAGGCUCAGCAGACAGAACUAUAAGGCUCUGGGAUGUUUUGAAUGGGAAUUGUGUAAGAAUAUUCACUGGACAUAAGGGACCAAUUCAUUCAUUGGCAUUUUCUCCUAAUGGACGAUUCCUGGCUACUGGAGCAACAGAUGGAAGAGUUCUGCUGUGGGAUAUUGGACACGGCUUGAUGGUUGGCGAAUUGAAAGGGCACACUGACACUGUCUAUGCGCUCAGAUUCAGUAGGGAUGGGGAGAUUUUAGCAUCAGGUUCAAUGGAUAACACAGUUCGUCUGUGGGACGCUGUGAAGGCAUUUGAAGAUUUAGAAACUGAUGACUUUACUACAGCCACUGGACACAUAAACUUGCCUGAAAACUCACAGGACUUGCUACUGGGCACAUACAUGACCAAAUCAACCCCUGUUGUUCAUCUCCAUUUCACACGCAGGAACCUGCUGCUGGCUGCAGGUGCCUACAGCUCACAGUAGAUCAGGAAGCUGAGACUGACUGUGCCAAGUCACCGCAGGAGUGACCUCAGGAUGUGAGACGAGAGGGAAUGUCUUGAACAGAAGGACCCCACGAAUCCAUUUCAAGGAGUAUGAAACUGUAAUUAGUGCAAGCAGCGUUUCUCAGUUCUGCUGUUUUAUAUUUAUCUGCAGUUUGAAAAUGCUGGAGAUUGACAAGACGUGGCUAUAAAAGAAGGAACUGUUCGUGGUGCUUUUGGUAACAUAGAUAUGUACAUAUGAAAAGAGCCAUCUCUUCCUAGAGGUGGUACUGAGCUCUGCUGAAACUUUUGAAAAGUUAACAGCCUUUACAUGUGUUCUCAGACAUUUUUUAAAGCACUUAAUUUAUGGUUAGCAAAUGUUUCAUCAGUCUCAAACACAAGCAAAACUGUCCAUUUUCAGGAAAGAAGAAUGUAGUUUGAUUCACUACAGCCUGGUCUGGGCAGCAGGCGUGGUGAGAUCACAGCAACAAGCAGGGCAUUGACGGAGCGGCCCGACAGCCCGAUGCUCGUGGGGAACUGCCGUGAAGCUCUGUGCACGGUUUUUAUGCAGCCAGGUACCAAGUCCUGAAAAGAUUUCAAACUCAUGUGCUCUUUGGAGGUCUCAGAAACACAGAUCUUGUUACUGUUUCCAAAGGUAGCCAGUGCUGUCAGUGUGAUAAGCAACCACAAAAGCAAUGUGAAAUUUAUUUAUUUUCAUACUUUAUUGUAUGAGGAAAUAAAAAACGGGAACGGAGGCACUGAAAUAGUCUCUAUUAAAAAGUGGACUUAAACCCUUUACUUUGUAUUAGAUGUAAAAGAACAUUAAUAACCUGUAUCCUUUCUGCAUAAGGUUUAGCAUUAAAAAACCAGUAAAACUAGCCAAGAAAUUGAAACAUUACAGCAGCACUGAAAGGAUAAGUGCAUGGUCAGUUUGGUUUUGAAAGGCCAGCUUGUCUGCUGAGUGACAAUUCCUAUCCACAAGAAGAUUGUACUCAGUGAAUCCUCCUGGACUACCGAUAAAGCUGUGUUUUAUUUCUGAAGAACAGUAAAACAUGGAGAACACUGGGAAUAACAUCAGUGUCUUUGAACCGAAAACAGCACCACCAAAGGCCAGGUCCAGUGUGGCUUGGGUUUGGGUUAGUUUUUGUUCUUAAUCUCUUACAAAGAUUUGUGCAGAGAAAUCUGUUUUGUGUUCCUCAUUACUUCACAAUUAAGGACUUGGACACUUGAACAAUCUACUGGCUCUCUAGUGAAAAUAUAAACAAGACUUAUCAUUUCUAAGGUCAAGUAAAUGGAGAACUACCUCCUCUUUCAUCUCGUCUUGCUCUUAGAGUAAAGCUAUACUACAGGCAUUAUACAUCAAAAUAAAGUGUGGAAUAGGAAGCUCACCUAAACAUUUUCUUCAAAGAAAAAAAGGAUGAAAAUUAUUUUUAUUUUUUUUUUUUUUGCGUAAUGAUACCUCAACAAAAUUUCCUCUCAUUACGACCAGUUAGUUUUAAGUAUAAUUUUUGACAGCUUAAAGAAAACACUGCCACAUUCUGCCUUUGUAUUUUGUACAGUUUUAUACUUUUGAUAUUAUAAUAAAUACUAAAACCACAUAGUUUGUGUCUAUAUGUUACAAAAAAAUAUUUACCUCCCUUAAUGGCUGCAAUGGAAAUGAGAGUAGUUUGUAACUGUGACACCUCUUCUAAGAGAAACAAAGUAAUCAGAAAUGUUCAGGUUGAUGAGUAGCCACUCCCCGUGAAUCUUGUUCUAAAGGAGGCAACAGGUUCUAGCUCCUGGCAUUAUUACACUCUCACAGCCACUAUUCUUUAGUGGGGGAAUUGAGUGCAGCUGAAGCCAUCUAUUAUGCAAUCACUCAGGAGGGAAAAAUGAUCAGAUUUGUUCAGGCCCAACAUGUACAGAAAUAGUUUUAAGAAAAAAUGAAGUAAAGGGAGCAUCAAGACCCUGUAAUUUUUCCUUUUUUUUUCAGCAACAAUUCCUACUUCCUGCUGUCCUCAGUUUGGGAAGGGUAUUUGUGAGCUUUUGCAUGGUUCAACCCCUGCUGCUGGCAGAAGUGUGGGCAUCUAGGGAAGGUACCAAGUGUUAAUUGAGCCAUGGAAAGACUGUGGAGAAUUGAUAGAGAUUUUAGUGCUGGGCAGGGAGGAGGCUGCACACAUCUAACUGUGGUAGAACACCUCCUUUCACAAGAGACAGGAAAAGUAAGCACUGGAGUAUUUGGGUCACUGUUUAUGAAUGUGCAGAGUUACAGGAGCUUAACAUCAGCAGGCUAAGCCAUUUUCCUUCUUCCCUCCACAAGGGAAGCCAGUAACAGAAGAAGCUCAAAUACCAUAACUGGGUCAGCCUCUUUUCAGAGGUUUGCCAUCAAAACCAAAGAAGUUCUGUGCAAAAUACAGACAAUUGAGGCAGAAGAUGUCGUGGUUUCCAUGUAAGCUACUAGCUUGGAAUGCAAAAAGUGGGAGCAACCAUGCAAGCUGUGACACAGACAUGUGGAGAUGCUUGCAUCAGCUCCAGGAGGUCCUUCCUAGGUUACUGCCUGGAGCUCAGAAUACCUCAGGAUGUGUUACAACAGCAG